AUGCACAGCAAUUCAUCCACAUUCAAAAGUCCUGGAGUUCGGUAUCCUGUUGUUCCAAAUCUCCCUGCACUUGUGGCUACAAAGGCUCUGUGGUGUUGCCCUCGCCCACUGACAACUGUGGUGAUAACAACAUGGGAAAUAGUCUUCAGAGACAAACUUGCCUGCAUCAAAGCCUACAGGAGAGAUAGAAAUGAGACAAUCGAGAUGAACUGCACUGAAAAGAGAAUAACCUGGGCCUCCAGACCUGACCAGAACCUUGCCCUUCAAAUCGAUCCAGUGGCCACCACUCAUGACAGAUAUUAUGACUGUUCUCUUGUAACACCUGAUGGGAAUUUCCAACAUGGCUAUCACCUUCUUGUGUUAGGUACCCCAGAGGUAACCCUUCUUCCAGGAAAGAAUAGAACUGCAGUUUGCAAAGCAGCAGGGAAGUCAGCUGCACAGAUCUUUUGGGCCCCAGAAGGAGAUUGCACUACUGUUCAUGAACCUCAGAUUAACAGGACAGUGACUGUGCAAAGCACAUGCCACUGGGAAGGAAGCAAUGUGUCUUAUGUGAUCUGCUCUGUCUUACAUUUGUCUGGUAACAAGAGUCUGACCAUAGGUCUUGAGCCUCCAGUUUACUCCACACCUUGGACUCUGCACAAAUCACUGUUUCUCUCUGGGCAUUUUGACUGUUGUGGGACCUAUUGCUUUGUGGAAGUUUACUGGAUCUGCUGCACAUGCAGGACCAGCUUCCAUACCCGGCCACCUGCCUCAGAGCCCAAGAUCACCCUGCUCCGGUUUAUGGCAGGGCAGGAAGAACGCAGGUUGGGUCCCCAGAGAGGUGGCAAGAAUCUUGGCUCCGCCUCACAGCUCUGUGCCCUUUGGCCACUCGCUGAACCUCUCUGGGGCCAUUUUUCUCUAAAUGGAGAUUUAAAUGCAAGUAUCCAGCUCUCUGGGACUGGCGGGAGGAGUUCAGGUCACGUAGGUCAAACACUCAGCCCCGUGCUUGGCACGUACGAGUGCGAGAUGCAUGGCAGCUGCUACGAUGGAGAUGAGGGCGAGGAGGAGGAGAAUGCAGGCACCCGUUACCUGCUCUUGCCUAUAUUUCUGGCCUCCGCACUUGGCUUAGGUGAGCCAAUCUGUCACGGCAGCCAAGGGUGA